GCGGGCGGCCGAGGGAGGCAGGGCUGGGUGGUGGCGGCGGCGGCAGCGACGGCGGCUCUGCCACUCCCUGCCUCCCCGCCUCGCUGUCCGAGCCGCUCUCGCUGCUGGGCUGCUGCCUGCGGCCGGGCGAGGCGGCGGAGCCGGGCCGCGGGGAGCGGGGCGGCUGCUGCUGGCGGCGGCGGCGGGGAUGAUGGCGGAGGGCGGCGGCGGGGGGCCGCGGCGGAAGGCGCUGUCCCUGCUGGAGGCGGCCCGCUCCCGCUACGAGAGCCUGCAGAUCUCGGACGACGUGUUCGGGGAGUCGGGCCAGGACAGCAGCGGGAACCCCUUCUACAGCACCUCGGCCGACUCCCGCUCCGCCUCCUCCCAGGACGAGGACGAGGAGCAGCUCGCGGCUGCGGAGGGGCCAGGCCCCCGGGAGGGGCGCCGUGUCCCCAGGGCGGCGGCGGCGGAGCGGCAGCAGGUUCCCGGCGGCGGCGGCAGCCCCGGCCCCGAGGAGGAGGAGGAGGAGGAGGGGGGCUGGACCCCGACCCUGCGAGACGCCCCACCCCCAGACUUCAAGGAUAGCUUCGGUCCAACCCAUAAAAUGCCCCCAACUGCCAGUGCCAUGGACUUUUUUCAGCUCUUUGUCCCUGACAAUGUACUAAAGAACAUGGUGGUACAAACCAACAUGUAUGCCAAGAAGUACCAGGAGAGAUUUGGCAAAGAUGAUGCCUGGAUGGAUGUCACGCUAACAGAAAUGAAAGCCUUCCUAGGCUACAUGAUCUCAACAAGCAUUCACCACUGUGAGUCCGUCCUCAGCAUUUGGAGCAGUGGCUUCUACAGCAACAAGAGCAUUGCGCUGAUCAUGACACAGCCGCGGUUUGAGAAAAUCCUGAAGUACUUCCACAUUGUGGCCUUCCGUUCCAGCCAGAUGACACACGGCCUCUACAAAAUUCAGCCUUUUCUGGACUCUCUGCAGCAUGGCUUUGACUCUACUUUUAGGCCUUCCCAAACCCAGGUGCUACAUGAACCGCUGAUCGAUGAGGACCCAGUUUUCAUUGCCACAUGCACAGAGCGGGAGCUACGGAAAAGGAAAAAGCGGAAAUUCAGCCUGUGGGUUCGGCAGUGCUCAUCUACUGGUUUCAUCUGUCAGAUUUACGUCCAUCUAAAAGAAGGAGGUGGUGCCGACGGACUGGAUGCUUUGAAGAACAAGCCCCAACUCCACAGCAUGGUGGCCAAGAGCCUUUGUCAGAAUGCAUCAGGAAAAAACUACAUCAUCUUCACUGGCCCUAGCAUUACCAGCCUGAACCUUUUUGAAGAGUUUGAGAAGCAAGAGAUUUAUUGCUGCGGAUUGCUGAGUUCCAGGAAAAGUGACUGCACAGGCCUUCCUCCAUCAAUGCUGCAUAACCCAGACGCUCCUCAGUCCAGAGGGCAGUACAGAAUAAAGAUGAGAGGAAACAUGUCCCUGAUCUGCUGGUACAACAAAGGGCAUUUUCGUUUUCUCACUAAUGCCUAUUCUCCAGUUCAACAAGGAGUUAUAAUUAAGAGAAAAAGUGGCGAGAUCCCUUGCCCGUUGGCAGUAGAAGCUUUUGCUGCUCAUCUUAGCUAUAUCUGCAAAUAUGACGACAAAUACAGCAAGUAUUUCAUUUCUCAUAAACCAAACAAGACCUGGCAACAAGUGUUCUGGUUUACCAUCAGCAUUGCCAUAAACAAUGCCUACAUCCUCUACAAAAUGUCAGAUGCCUACCAUGUGAAAAGGUAUAGCCGGGCACAGUUUGGUGAGAGACUUAUAAAGGAGCUGCUGGGCUUGGAGGACACCUCACCUUCUCAUUGAUGCAUUAUUCCUUGUGGCUUAGGUAUGGGGUGGAGGGGGAGCAGAAGAGGAGACCACAGCUCUGGAAUGUCAAAGCAGGGAAACUCAUGACAUCACCAAUGCCGCUCCCUAGAGGAAAAUGACAGUGAUGCCAGUAGAGGGGUGGAGACUUUGUUAAAAGUAGCAGCUGGCUCUUGAGUGUCCUACAGAGAGAGCCACAGGAAAAAAGUCAACACACAACUGCAUCUGUGAAUGCUCUGCGGGUACCUGUCCAUCCAAAAAGAUUAAAGUUAGUAGCCAUUUGUCUGCCAUAUCUGUUGAACAGGGUCAUCUUGUAAGGCUUCCAUAGGGCUCACCAUGAGCUUGCCACAAAGGGAUGUAGCUCAGUGGUCCUGGGUGGGCAUUACCAAAACUCUGCCUUGUCUGGAGUUCUUUAACUGUGGAACAAGCAAUGUUGUGUCAUGGAUAACAGUGCUUGGCAUCUUGUAAGGAAUCGUGACAGGGUUAAAGAGAAACAACAUAGAUUUAUGUUCUUCACAAGUAUAUUGACAGAUUACUUGUUACAGACAAAGACAAUAGAGAACGUAACAGUUAAGAAUUUUUUUUUAAUUAGUGUAAGGCAAUCAGAUUGCCGUAUAGGAAUAAAAAGUUUAGAGGAAAAUUAAACAUCUUGGAGAACCUUAAAAAAAAAGCAGCCUGAGUGAAAUUUUAAAAAUCAUGGGGAAAGCUAAAUUGAUGCACAUAGUUUAACAAAUAAAUGAGAUAAUACUGCCUGCCACCAUAGCUUCCAUAUUGCCCGUGUGCAGGUGAGAAAUCUGAGUGUAAGCACUAAAACAACUAUAUUUUCCUUGAUUUCAGUUGUAGCUUCAGGUUCUUCCAACUGUUGCUCAAGAUCUACCUUAAUGGACUGUUUUACUUAAAUUUCUAUGGAUGAUUUUUCAUUUCUCCCUCCCCCCCUCCCCGUUUUUUUUUUUUAAAUAUCAAGACAGAUUCUUCCUCUUAGAUCUUCAUUUCCUAUUAACACACAUGUGGCAAGCAAAAAAUAGUUCACCGAUAGCAGUGCGUUUUGCGUUUUCACUGUUGGGUGUUCUGUAGGAAUCCUUCUUAGAAUUUGAAAUGCGUCACAGUAGCUGUAUUUUUGCAGAUUAUAUGUUUAGAAAAAUAGCGUGUCAUUGUAAAAAACUGUUCAGGUGCAACCAGACAUUGACAUCACUGAAGCAGAACAAAACCCAAAUGCUUUCCUUGUUUUGAGUGACUCUCUGGAAGCUAGAACCAUUUGGAAUUAGUGCAGCCUGGUGCCACUGGCUAGUAUUGACAAGACUUGUUGGCUGAAUGUUUUCAGCAGAAUACUGGAGUUCACUGCCACCAGGACGCUUCAGUGGGGAAAGCAAAAGGGGAGAGAGGUCUGAGAGCAGGGGGCAAAAACCCAGCACUGGAGUAAAAUACGGCUCUUCCUUCAUCACAUUAUUGAUUAAAGCCACAACCCAAUAAACUGGGAGAUGUAUUACAGUUAAAACUUUAGUAUGGUAGAACUUAUGGGAACGCACUAAUUUAUAGGGCACAAAUAUGAUGCAACUUCUCUUUGUGGAUGGUUUGGGCCAACUCUCACCAAAGGCAAUAGGAAAGCUCUCAUUGACUUUGCUGAGAGUUUUACAUGCUAGUCACUGCUCGUUUUAAGGGCACAAGUAGUUGUCCCAAAAUUUGGAUUUUGUUUGGAGAAGAAAAAAAAGUUUCACACAAACUUUACUUGACCAGAGAGGGGUUUUCAUUAGUUAAGAAGCGUUUGUUUUUAAAUUUUCUACUGUUUGUGUCCCAGAACACAACUGCCUCCUCCUAGUAUAGGAGACCCUUUCAGUGAAACUGGCCAUAAAGGGAAGGUGGGUUUGAGCAGCCUAAAUUCACUGUCCAUGGGGCAUAAAUGGGGAAAAAUAAAUGUUAAUUAGAAAAACACUCACUCAGCACCCCCUGGCGUUCUGAGAGAUGUAGAGGAAUUUUGAAAAUAUGAGUUAUCUUUCUUGUGCCCCAUAAUUGCCAGCAGGGUUAUAAGAAGCAAUAAAUAGUCAGUAAGGCUCUAGCAGGGGCGGGGUGAUACAAUUUAGAAGCCCAAAGAUGGACAAGAUCAUUCCCUUGGGCUGGGGGUGAGAACUGUCUGUUUCUGCCAAAUUCUUCCACUGCAUAAUGGAGUUUGCUUUUUCCCGCACAACCUUCAAACGCAGCAGGAUAUUUGGCAUCCAGACCUCACCUGAUCUGUGCCUAGCUUCUGACUGAGACCUCCCCCUUUCCAACUACCAGGCUGUGCAAGUCCAGUAGGUCAGUGCUGUCAGGAUAUUUCUCACACAUGCGCCUCUCCCACCCCACCAUGAAAAAGGGUUGCUAAGGGGUGUGGGGACCUUACAAAAAGGCAUUCAGCUUUUUGCAUGGAAGCCCUGUGGGGCUCAAAGGGGAAAACGCAUGCCCCCCCCCCCAUGAUCUCCCCCCUCCUCACAAUGAUCUCUAAAUCCACUCUCAGCCCUCUGGGAAGACAGACACAUGCCCAGUUCUCUGUAGGAGGAAAAUCUGCACAGGGAGAGUCACCUCCAUCCAAAAUUUUCUAGCAGAACAUUCCUCUCCAUUAUUAGGCCUAGAGCCACACUGAACCAAUUAGCUCCUGUGCUGUAUAGGGGCAUCAUUACACAAGAUUCUGUGUAAUAAAAUGGAACAAAGUGUAGUAAGGAGCAAUUGGACACACAGGGAUAAGAUGACAAUAUAGAGGUAGAAAAGUUAAUGUAAACAAAAAGUAUUGGAAAGGAUAUAGAACCUCAAGCUCAGGCUUUACACCAAUCUCUGAUUAAAGAUUAGGAUGAAAUCUUAACAGAAGUUAGAUUAUCCCAUGUUUGCCUACUAUGGGGUUCUUACAUCUUGCUCUGAGGCAUCUGGUACUAUCCACUGCCAGGGACAGGCUACUGGACUAGAUGGACCUUGGGUCUGUUCCAGGUUGGCACUGCCUAUGUAUUUCAGUCUAAUAGUUGUAAGAGUUAUGUGAUCUGAUAGGCCAUGCCAAGUGGUGCCACUUUAUUCCCUACUCAUUGUCAGCACAACCCUACAUUUACAUUACAGCAUUGGCUUUGCACAUGGCCAGUCAAAGUGCAGUGGUUUUAACAGUUUCAUCACAUAGCAGCAAAAACAUCUGCGUGCACAGCAUGAAUUUGCUUUCUAGUGUUGUCACACCAGAGCACCAUCAUGUGAUCAUUGUAGACACCCAUAGAGAUUUCAAGACCUGUUUUGUUUGCAGGGAAACCAAGCUCAGCCCCAUAAAAAUUGAGGUAAUCAGUUUACCUAAUACUACACCGUAGUUGGCAGAAAUAGAUUGAUAGAGUGGUAAUAAAUACCACCUCUCUAAGGCCAAAUAUUUGAAUAAACUGGCAUUGAAAUCCAUUUUCAGAGGUGCUCAGAACCCACCACUCUCAACCUGUGAAAAUCAAGCCCCUAAUUGUAAUGCCUGACUUUAACCAGCCACGUUUGAAAAAUAUUGGCCUAAACUAUCAUGUAAAGAGUAGAUGACAUGCUCAUUGUGCCCUGUAAGUUCAAAAUUUUGCCAAAAUUUAUUCUGAAGAGUUGGUGCUAGUUACAUAGCUAGAAUUACCAAGAAAAGAAUAUUGGGAUGAGAUCUGGUUGGAACUUUCAUAAACAGACAGCUUCCCCACAGCAACCGUCUGAUCUGAGCAACCUUCCUUCCUUUGUCGCAGUGCAAGAACAUUGCUGAGAAAGGAUGAGCUCAAUCCUCCAACAUGCUGAGUAUCUCCCAUAAGGAUCUGAGUGCCCCAACUCUCACUGAUAUCAAUGGUAGCUAAAGACUUUCUGCAACUCACAGGAGGUCCUCAGCACUUUAUAGUAGUAAAACCCAGACCAACUAGAUGUGUUACACCUGUUCUCUCAGCACUUGGGCCUAACAUAGGGUCUGAUGCAAAACCAUUUUGCAGUCUUUUCAGUGACAUCAGUGGAUGAGGCCCAUCUACUACAGCAAUUGCUUUUUUUUUUUAAUUAUAUAAAUAAAUAAAUAGUUGGAAUAUAGUUUCCCGCUGGCUUGUUCUGCUCACCAUACAGAUUGCGUGAGCUAAAAUUUUUUACCAGGUCCUAGUUUUACCUCAGGGAUUGGCUCCUAAGUAGUUCUCCCUUGAUUUGGUGUUGACAGGCCGAUUACACAGUGGCUGACUGAUUAUUAUAGGGAAGAUGCUUUUCCCCCCUCCUGCGCAAAGGAGAAAAACUGAGACAGAAACAAAGUAUUGCUUUGCAGUGAGUUUCAGUCCCCCACCCCCUCCCCCAGGCAUCUCCCACAACCUUGAACCGGCUUCCUUAAGAUGCCUAGAAAUUCAAUAAAAGAAUAAGCUAACAAACACACACACCCCCACCCUAUAUAAAAUUACUAAAAGCUGGGUUUCACAGCCUACAAGCAAAAUUCAUCAAAGUAAAACUUAGCCUAUGCCAAUAAAAUGACUGUGAUCCACUGUAUCUUUCCCAUUAUAUUUAUCUGGGAGGAGGAAGGAUGGGGGAUAUUAUGGGGUUUGGUUUUGUUGUUGUUGUUAAAAAGCAUCUCACAAUUUCUCUUCAAAUAUUACAAAAACCUUUUCUUGGUUAAAACAAUUUAGUAUCGAUAGCAGUUCAGAAUCAGUCUUUAGUCAGUCUCCUGCUGUAUAUUAAAUUUUGCGAUUUCCCCCCACCCAGCCACAGAAAUACAUGGCUGAUCCUUAGUUUCAGAAGUCAAUAAAAGCAAAGGGCUAAGUGUCAGAGUAUUGCAAGAACACUCUUGAUGACAACCUUGUAUGAGCAUGGAUACCAAUGACAUUGCGUAAACAUGGUUUGUGUGAUGGCUUGUACCAUCAGAUUGGGUAUGUUUAAGUAUCCUCAAGCCAUUCUGGGUAAAGACCUUAAAGCUCAGCAUUAAUUAAAAACUGAGGGAAAUGCCAACUACCCGAGAUCAGCUUCUCUCUACCUCUGAGAAAGGGGACAUUGAAAGUGGAGCAAAUGGGGGGAGGGAAAGUUGUCCCUCUUCUGUUAAAUUUGUUUUCAUUCAGUAAACAAUUCCUAGCAUUGGAGAUUCUUUGUUCACUGCAGUAUGCAGACUGCUUCAAAGAAUUAAAGUCAGACAGUGUGAUAUGCAGACAACAUUCUAUGCACAGCACCUCUUCCAAGGAGUUUUCAUGUCCUGUCAAGACAUGUAUUUGAAAAAAAGGUUCAUUAUGGUGUGAAACAUUUAUAUAACGUUCGCUGAAGCUAAAAGCCAGUGUCAAAUAGUGUUGUUAUAGUUUGCUCCACCACGGAAAACUAUUGUAAGGGCUCACUGGAACUCUGACCCUGUUGCUUUUUAUCUCAGCCCAUUUGUGCACUUGAAAAGAAAGGGAAUGAUUUAAAGAGAGACAUCUCUCCUGUUUCCCCUUUUGCUCAGUAGUUCUGGCUACAUUUGCGCUAAGCAUCUCUCUUAAUCCAUGUCUCUCUUUUUCAUUAAGAGAUAUUUUAAGAACCCCGAUUUCUCAGUGUCACUAAAUAAUUGAUUCAACGAUAUCAUUUUUGGUUUCUUAUACAUCUCACAAAGGAAAGAGAUUCCUCUGUUUCCACGGUUACACAAAGGGCACUGACUCAGAACCAGCAUUUUCAUUACUGACCUCCAGCAACCCUUACUUUAUUCCUUUUAUAACAGGUUUGUUCUUCUAACAGCUACCUAACGUGCUUUUUUGAGUUGGCAGGUAAUGAGGCCUCUGUUAGGGCAAUUCUAUGCUUCCUUUAGGUACGUGUCAUGUCAGGAGAUGAUUUUAGUGGUGGUUUUGGAAAUACACUGCACUGUAAUAACAUUUUGCACUUCUAUAAUGUCUUCCAUCUAAGGAUCUUGAAGUGCUUUAGAAUAUGAACAUUAAUUAGCCCCUCACUAUACCCCUGUGAAGGGGGCAGGAAGUAUCAACACCUCCCCCGCCAUUUACAAAUGGGGAAACAGACAGAGGGUAAGUGAUUUACCCAAGGUCACUCCAGAAAGUCUGUGGUAGAGCUGGGAAAUAGACUUGAUUCUCCCAGUCCUUAGGACUGCAUGUGAUUUUUUAGAAAAUUUAUAGUUUUUUUAUUCAUAGACCCAGAGGUCAAACUAGAUGUUAAGUU